UGGAAGCUAUUGUUGACAAAUCCUUUCUCGUGCUGAAGAUGAAACGUGAUUAGUGUAGAAAGAGGAAGUUCGUGUUUGAGUCGUGACACUCGUGACACUCAGUGAAACGAGACUCCUUGUCAAUGCAGUGGUUUUCAACGUGGGCGACACCGCGCUGAUAAAUAGAGAUGUAGGAUGAGAUCCGGCGGCUGACCUGCUAAUGGGAAACUGCAUGGAGGAAGAAGGCUGCUCCUGCUGCUGUUUCGGAGGGGAGGAAGGAUUACAUCCGCAACAUACUUUGAUUCAACUUCUCCCUCAGAGAAGGACACGACGACAGCGAAUGGCCCAGUUUUUAGCCGUGGCGCUACUUCUACUGUUCUCAGUAGCUCUGGCUGUACUUGUCACGGUUGUGCUUGGAGGGCGAGGUCAUCGUCAGCCACCGAACAGCCAGCUGAUGGCGCAGCCUCAGCACCAUUCAUUAGGGGUCAGCGUCGAACAGCAGCAACAGGAAGACUUCAAGAAUCCAAGUGUCAUGGUAACAGUUCCUGCAGGCAAUACCAGUGAUGAAGAAUAUCUUCAAUGGGAGAAGGGCAUUGGAAAUACCUUCUGUCAUGGAGGUUUUCAAUACUCCAGGGGAGACCUAGUGGUGCCCAGGAACGGCGUGUACAGAGUCUUCCUGCAGAUCACCUAUGAGAGCAACAAUGACUUCAAGUGUGACCCCAGUUAUGAUGAUGAUGAUGAUGAUGAUGAUGAUGAUGAUGAUGAUGAUGAGCUGAGACUCACCAACACGGUGUAUAUUUUCCGGAACACUUACGAAGAAAAUAAGGCUCUCCUGUCGUCAGUCGACACAGUGAGUAGCAGCAUAAAACAGUGGAGUAAAACCCUCUAUACGUCCGGCUCGUUCUCCCUGGAGGCUAACUGCAGACUACGUGUAAGAGCAUCGUGCCCUAAACUUAUUGUUAAGAAAGAAGACCAGGUGUUCUUCGGUGCUGAACUUCUGCCUCAGUAAUCUGGUCCGACUGACUCACCUAAAUCUGAUCUCCAAGUUGUUUAUAUCUUCAUCCCCAUGGAAACUUCAAGGGGAAGUUUGGAUGUUUUGAAGUCUGGUUGUAUGAGGUACUCAUCCGUAGUCAGUGUAAUACCUACUGCUGGGGACGGAGGCAUCAGCACAACGUGCUUUAGAUACCUAAACACGGCCCCCCAUAAAAAUCAUUAUCAGUUUAAGUGUAUGCUAUAUUUAGAAUAUUUUCACAGACAAAAAUGGGCUGUCUGAUGGCAAGGUAAAGCGGUGAAAAUAUACUAGUGUGCACCUAAACUGGUAUUGAUUUUUAUUAUAUAUUUGCUAAAAUAGGUUUUGCUGCUGUCUCCAUCCCCAGCAGUACAUUGCUUUGCUCCGAGUGGUAACUCCUGUCUGUUCUCUAAAGUGGGGGCGUGCUGACCACCAUCUACUGGAGGUCCUACACUGAUCUUCAGAAAAAUAAAGUGUUUAUAAAAAUCAGUUCAGCCUCUCAUAGGAUAUUCUCUGUCUUGCAUCAUUGUCAAUUGAAUAUCUGAAUAAUAGUGUGUUUGAUAAGGAAGUAGUAAACAGUGCAGAUUUACUGGCAGGCACAUAAACCGAGCCCACGCCUUCGCAGUGCUGCUGCCAUGAUCACUUUUUUGUGGAAUGUCUAAACAUUUUAUGGUUUGUCAAGUAAUAAAGAUAGGAAAAGGCUUUCACCACUGCCAAUGACAAAUAGUUAUACGUUUGAUAUCAAACAGAACUCAAGAUGCUUGAGAAUCGUCAGAAUAGUCUGCUGUAGAUCUGGUGAUGGAUUACAAAGGGAUCAUUAUACCCCUACUGUAUUUGUGUUGAUGAAUGUGUUGUACAAUAUGCUUACACAGGCCCAUUUAACAAGGUUAAAGGUGUGUUUUUAAUUUAUUAUUUAGUUUACUGGUUGUGGGGCACUGUGUACUCUAAAUCGGUUCUAUGCAAAUUGAUGUUUUCCUAUUUUGAAGGAUAUCAUAUGAUUUGUGAAUUUUUAUAUGUGUGUGUGUGUGUGUAUGUGUGUUGUGCAGUUUGUAAAAUAAAUGUUUAUUAAACUUAAAUGCGAA